AUGAGUACCGGAACCCCCAGACUCAACUCUGCAUUUCCAGAGACCCCAGUGGCAGCGCCUCCAUUGCGCCAGAGGCGUGGUAACUCUCCCGCGAGGGUAGGAUCCGUUAAACAGCCUCUAUUCGCACCAAAAGCUCCUACAACGAAUCCCAAACCCACCGAUCCUUCUCCUUCAAUCGUUCAAACCUCAGAUCCUCCGCCACUUAUCCCAGAAGAUGUCAUUGAUGCACCCACCCAAAGACUUUAUGCAGUGGCCGUAUUUGUUCUUCUACAAGCAUGGAAAUUUUAUGAUAUAGCCAGAUUGUACGCUGCAGAUGGCGACUCGAUAUCAGAAUUAUGGUUUUGUGUAAAAUGGCUGGUUCUGGAUGGCUGUUUUUUUGGGUUCUUACCAAUCCUCCGGAUCCCGUGGAUUAACUUCAACACGAUGUUUACACUUUGUGCGAUUGCUACAUUUUCAGUCAUGGAUAUUUUUAUCAGUUUAAAGUACCAGCUACCUAUUACGGCAUUUUUUGGAGCUUUCUGGAAACUUAUUUACGACCGAGAACUAUCGAUUACCGAACGAAGCGUCAAGUGGUAUGAUAUUGUGAAUAACAAUUCGCAUAUUCAAGGCAAAUACACUGUGUACCUUUUACCGGAAGGGGCUGCGCAAAUCAACCCGGAGUCUACUUGCUUUUGUAUUGGUGAUACAUCGCCAUUCGUCACCCUGCCGAUUAGAAUCAAUGGGACUCAGCCUAUCAAUAUUGAGCUCCAGAGAAUCGAUUUGGAAUCCGGCAGUGCUGAGAUGAUUAGUAUCAACCAUAAAGAGCUUAAAAAGCUUUUGAAAAAGGCUCCUAAGGAAGACGAACCGCAACUUCGCAACCUACCUUACACCGUCAAGCAACCUGGCCUUUACCGCCUCACUAGAGUUACUGAUGUAUCUCAACUUGAAGUGCGCAUUUACCGAUCUGAAGCGCUCGUCGUGUCAUGCCCGAAAGCGAACCUCAAAAUAUCUGGUUCACAGAAGAGAGAUAAGUGCAAAGGGGACAUGUCAGAUAUUGCUAUGGAGGUUCAAGGCCUUGCCCCGCUCCAAAUUACCUACAGCCGUGAGAUCAAGGGUAAGCCGACGGUGUUUUCAGUCCAGAGCAUUCACCCUGAAGGCUUUGAAUCACCCCUGCUUGCUGGGUUUAAUAGUGACGGCACACUUGCUCAGCAAGGCGACGGAACCCUGACAUGGGCACAACGCCGGGAAAUCAUUGUGCCCCUCAAUGAAUCUCUAGCUUCCGCGGGCGAUUGGGGCUAUUCAAUUGACAAGGUUGUGGAUGGAUGUGGAAAUACAGUCGACUACAAUGCUCUCUUCGAGGACGGGGACUAUGUUGUCCCAAAGAAAAGCAGUCUUUCCCAUAGACUUAUGGUCCAUGAUAGACCACGUAUUCGUUUCCUCGGGUGUGAUCCUCAGACACCCAUCGACCUGCCAAAGGGCGUUUCUAGCGAACUUCCCCUACAGCUUGUAUCUGUCCGCGAUGACGCUCCUUAUUCAGUCCGAUUUGCGUUUACGCCUCACAACAAGCUUCAAUCAGCAUCGGAACACUCGCCAGAUGCUGUAUUCAAGGAUUAUAGCAUGAAGGGCCUAACUCAAGCUGUGUCCAUCAAGGAGCCUGGGCUGUACUCAUUGAAAUCCUUUUCCAGCAAGUUUUGCCCCGGUGAGGUUAUGGAGCCUUCUUCAUGUCUCGUGAUUACGCCACCUGAACCAAGCAUGACUAUGGAGUCUGAUGAGAUUUUGGACAAAUGUACAGGCUCGUCGAUUGGCCUUACAAUCGAUCUUACUCUUGUUGGGUCACCAACAUUUGAGCUUUCCUAUAGACUCAUCAAAGACGGCGGCGCUCCAGUUGUUAAAACUCUUACAAUUGAUCGCACAAGGCACCAAGUCCGCUUCACUCCGGAGGACGCUGGUCACUAUGCGUAUGAGUUUUUCAGUCUUCGCGAUAAGAACUAUGCCAAUGUCAAACUUGAUUCUAAAAUCAACCGUGUCGAGCAAACUGUCAAGCCGCUUGCCGGUGCCAGCUUCAUCGAUGCAGCGCCUCGGAAGAACGUCUGCAUUGAAGAGCCUGUAGAGUUCCAGGUUAAGAUGCAAGGAACGCCCCCGUUGAAUUUACACUACGACCUUAUCCACAAUGGAAAACGCCAUAGGAUGUCCGAUAAAAACAUUACCACAAGUAUACAUACCAUCAAGACUCCACCUUUAACACAGGGUGGAGAAUAUGCGCUCGCCUUGACAACCGUCGAAGAUAAUAGCGGAUGUAAAAUCUACUUGGAAUCGGAGGCAAAAGUAAAUGUUAGGUGGCAGAGGCCAAAGGCUCAGUUUGCCCCAGUUGAAGGGAAAAUGCAUGUCAGGGCGCUAGAAGGCAAACCUGUGGAUAUCCCAAUAAGGCUGACUGGUGAAAGCCCAUGGACUGUUAGAAUUCGUAAUGCUGAUAGAGACGAACCAGCCAAGACAUUUAAGUUCACAGGAACAAAUUCCUACUUGACUGUGAACGACGCAGGCACUUAUUACCUAGAAGAUGUUCGUGAUAAUGGAUGUCCUGGAUCUGUUGCUGGGGCAGAUAGCACAUUUAAAAUUUCUUGGAUCGACAGACCUAAACUCCGCCUAGCAGAGUCCGUAUCAACUACCAGAAAGGAUGGAGGCUUCGUUAGAAAAGACGUUUGUGAAGGAGACGAGGAUUCUGUUGAACUUGCGUUCACAGGAAGUCCACCAUUCAUGGUUGAUUAUGACAUUGUGUUCAAACCGGAUGGCUCUUCUGACUCCAAGCGCUCUUUGGAGCAUAGCCCACAACAACUUCGUGCUGGUCUUGGUGUGGCGACUGUGCGGUUGGAAACGAGCCGUGCUGGUCUUUACCAAUACAAGUUCAAGAGUCUUGCGGAUGGGCUUUACGAUAAUCCAAGGGAGAGUUUGCUCAAGAAUCCGUUUACGCUUGAACAAACCGUACACUCGAGGCCGACUACAAGUUUUGCUAAUCCGAGCAAAGUCUACAAGUACUGCUUGGAUGCUGGUGCUGGUGACGACAUUAUUCCAAUCCAGCUUCACGGCAUUGCACCCUUUUCCUUGACCAUCAAUGUCAAACAUUUCAGCACUGGUAAAAGCGACAUAAUCAACGUCCCUCAUGUCGAAACCAAUGUCUUCAAUUUCCGCAUUCCUAACCACGCCCUGACUCUUGGUAGCCACGCUGUUAGUGUCCUCAAAGUCAAGGAUUCCCGUGGUUGUGUCCGGAAGACGCCGACCGAUGCCCCUCAUGUCAUGGUCGCAGUUGCCGACAUGCCAACAAUUACCCCUCAUGACACACAACGCAAAGACUACUGCGUUGGUGACCGUAUUGCAUUCACUCUCGCCGGUGUUCCUCCGUUUGCUGUUGAAUACGAGUGGAACGGUGUCCCGAUGAGUGCUCAUAACCAACCAUCGCAGUUCAUCCGUGUUGCAGAGAAACCGGGCAACUUCACAGUCACAGGGUUGCAAGAUUCAGCCAGUGACUGUAAAGUCAGUGUUGGGCUAACGAGCGUGGUCCAUGAGGUUCCGAGUGUUAGAAUCAGUGGAGGAAAUAUCGUUGUCAAGGGUAUUGCGGAGGGUGACCAGACGGAGAUUAGCUUCAACUUUUUUGGCACACCACCAUUUACUUUCACUUAUACACGAAGUGAAAUCGCUAAAAAGGGAUCGAAACCUAAGAUUUUGGAGAGCCAUUCACAAACCACAAACAGCUUUAGUUACAGCAUGUUUGCCUCCCAGGAGGGUGUUUAUGAAGUAAUCUCCAUCGCCGACAAAUUCUGCCAGUACUCUGCAGCAAAGUCAGGUCGGAAGGAUUAA